UAAAAAAAGCAAUAAGGGACAGAUUUUAACAAAAAAAUGAAAUUAAAACAAAUUCAAAAGUUACCUAAAAGAAAUGACAAAACAAAAGAUAGAGGAUCAGACUAUAUUGGAGCAAAAAUCCUUAAUUUCCAAGAAUUGGUAGUGCAGCUACUUAAAGGAGAGUCUUCUGGCAAGGCGAAAAAAUAUGAACGCACUGGUCCUCAAGAAUUCGUGCCUUUUGAAUAUGAUGAAGUAAUGAUCGAGAACAUCAAAGCUGCAUGCACUAAACACUUUGCAUCAAGAUUACCAAUUGGAAUGACUUGUGAUGUAUUGAGCAGUGAUCGUGGCCCUUCAUGUUCCAAAAUGGAUUAUUUACCAUCAUUAAAAUUGAUAUAUAUUCGGUUUAUAAAUUUUUUCUCUUUCAGUAAGUGUCAGCGUAUAUUCCCGUUAUAAUAAAAGUGGAGCAGUGCAUACAUCAGGGCCAUCA